AUGCAAUUCAUUACUUCAACCAUCUUCAUUACCCUCUUCGGCGCCGCCACCGCUUUCCCAGGCCUGACUCCUCGUCAGAACCUCAAGAAUGGCAUUCUUAUCUGCCCAAACGCAGAGGCAACCUUCGCCAACCCAGGACCCAACAUGGCUGGGGUUUGCACCCGCACGUAUAAGUGUCAAUCCGGCAGUGACGGUGUCAAGAGCGGCAACGUCUGGACCAACUCUUGCAUUGGCUGCCCUCCUGACCAGAACGUCAACUCUUUCGGCAACUGCGUUUUCCAGUUUUCCCCCGAGUCUGUUAUUGCUGCACCUCUGAACCUUGAUUCCAUGGAGGAUGGCUAUACGAUGAACGCAGAUUGGCAGUUGACGUAG